AUGUCCGCCCAGAUGGACGCCCCCAGCGCGGCCUCCUUCGGCGUCAGUCUGACUGAACUCUACGAAAAGGAGAGUCCGGGCGUGCCAGUCGUGGUGCGCCAACUCUGCGCCUUCCUCUGCGCUGUCGGCGGCCUUGAAUGUGAGGGCGUGUUUCGAGUGAACGGCAAUUCCCGCGUGGUGGAGCAGCUGCGCGCCCGCGCUGAGGAGCUCCAGCAGCCGGCAAACAGCAGCGAGUCUGCGGAGACGACCACUUUUCUGGACGAGCUGCAGCGUCAGAACGACGUGCAUGCGGCCGCCAGCCUGCUGAAACUGUUUCUUCGUGAGCUGCCUGGUGGUCUUGUACCAUCUGGCAUCACCAAAGACGUUCUCACGGUACGUCUGCGACGGCGUCUUCGGUUUCUUGUUUGUAUAGUACCUCAGAGCUGGGGCUUUUUACACAUCGAAGCCUUUGUUGUGGUUAUGCGGUGUAAGUGAGUAUGUCUGUACUCAGAGCGCAACUAUCGUCAGGCCAAAUCCCAUGUUUGAAGGGAGAAGGAGACAAAAGGAACCAGAAUGAGGGGGUUAUUGUGCACAGAACCCGGAGUUGUCCUCUCAGGCGGCAGUGGCCAUUGGCGAAACCAGGGUUGGUGUCGACUGCGUCCAGUCAGCCCUGAGAGCCACUGAGAUAGUGGUGGCAGCCGCUUUUGUAGGCUCGUGGGCCAAGCUCAAGUGGUGGCCAGUCAGUGUGUGUUGCAUUUGCCGAGGGGUGGUGUCCCAGUGGCUAAGGCUGUGGUUGCAAGGGGCGGUGCGUUCAAGUGGCCUCAUGGGCAGCUGCGACUGUGCGGACGCAGGUAUGCCCGAACUGUCCAUCGUGUGACUUCAGGUCAGUGCGUCUGGAACGGGUCGCUGCAAGGGGUGAAUGACCUUGAGGCAGCGAGGUCUUGAACAAUGACGCCAGACGAGUCAUGAUGGCUGCCCGCUACACCUUCACGGGGUGAAGUGGUGUUGCCCUAGUGUUGUAUCUCCUGCAUGUUGAACUCUACAACGUUUACUCGUCCGCGACGCCUGCUGAAAAAGGACUUGUCAAGGUGCCAAUCAGUUCAAGGCCAUGAAAUUGAUCUGGGCUGUGGUCCAUCAUAUACGGCGAGGGUUAUGCAGUCAGCAAAAAGUCCCUUAAACGUUGGAUUGCUUGAAAACCCCAGUGAAGAUCCAAUUCACUAACAAAAUCAUACAGAUCAGUUCGCGGAACAAUGCCGGUAUGGGUCAGUACGGCUCAAGAUGGCAAUCCAGGUGUUCCAAACUUCGGGAUAGGGUCUGACUGUCUGACGACGGCUUAUAAGCCAGGAAUGGCCAUUCCAGUCUCCCUUGUCUUUGUCCAUUCUGCUGAUUGAGCUCGAGUGAGAGCCCGUAAGACACAACGGGAUGAGCAAGUUCCGUAAGAAACGAUCGGUGAGCGCCGCUCUACCAUUGUAUAUUCCGAUCGCAACUGACAAGCCAACGAGCACGUGGCUCAGCGGUUAGAGGCGUUGGACUUCUUACUAACAGGUCGCGGGAUGGAGCCCCAGGUGUUCCACUCUUCAGGGUUGGGUAUGACUGAGUGACGACGGCUAAGAAACUAGAAAUGGCCAUUCCAUUCUCCCUUGUCUUUGUCGGUAAUACCAUUCUGCGUAAUCUAAUAUUUGCCUACCUCUUAUUUCCCUUGCCACAAGUAGCAUGACUGCCUCUAAGGCAUACUGAUAAUUUUUUAAUACACCAGUGUCUGUAUUUCUUGCUAAUUCUCCUACUGCAAGUUGGGGUUUUUAUGGGUAUUCAGUGAUGCCACAAUGAGUGGCCGAAAUUCUGAAAUGUACUUUUGAUUAGUUAAGGUUACAUGGGUCGGCUGUAAUAUUUAUUAUCGCGCCGCUUAGUUUCAUGAUAUUUCGGACUCGCCCGGAUAUUGGUCUUCAAGUGCACUUCUUUUUGACCUCGUUUCGACACCGCACUCUGUUAAAAACUACUACUUAAACAAUAUGAAUUUGUCACAUUUCUCAUGGCUUUAUACAUUUAAAUAUAUUUUAUAGAAACAAUGCACAAAAUAUGCCUUUUUAUAGAAAAUAUUCACAAAAAUAUGCUUUCUCACAUUUAUUUGGUAGCAAAUCACGUCGUCCUCGAAGAAAGGGUACAUUUUGGUUUUGACAAGUUUUCCAAUUCCCGAACAAUUUUAAACCAGAUCAGCCAUUGGACUAGCGUUUAGCGAUUUCAGUCUACAAGGUAUAUGCUUUUUUGCUUAGGUAAAAGCAUGUACUCAUUCACACCUUUGAGGAGGUACCAUGUAGAAAUCAAAAAAUUCCAAUGGAUGGGGACGAUGUUGCGCAUUUGAAGAGGAGUAUUAAGAAACGGAAUGGUACGACACUGUAUUAAUGGGCAUUGCUUGGUCUUAAAAAAUUGCAUAAUUAGAAACUUUUUCAAAUCCCAAAGGCACUCUUUCUUCAAGUAUAGAACGUGACGAUGGCGUGAUUUGCUAGCAAAAAAUGUGAGAAAGCUGAUUUUUGUGAAUAUUUUCUACAAAACCACCGAAAAUAGAUGUGAAAAAUGCACACUACCUAAGCAGCCAGCUUUGCCUAGCGCGGUUUUUACAGGCAACAAGGACUUGUAUUAAAAAGCCAACAUUCUACCGAGUUCGAGACAUCAUGGAACUAUGCCGCGUGAUGAAUUUUAUAACCCCAUCCAGGGAAUUUUUCCUAAUCGAAAAAGCAUAUCAAAAUAGUUAAGUAGAUCAACAGUAUUGUGUCUGUUAGGUACGGCUACAUAACCGCAUCUUACAGAGAUUUUGUUUUCGUAGCGCUUGACGAGUUUUUAGGACGCUGCAGUACUUGUCUUUCGUCUGUGUCCGUUUUCACCAAAACGCAUCCUUUGACUGCGAGACACGCUAUUCUGUCAGGUAAGAUAAUAGCAACGCCUACUAGGGACGAAAUGCCCUGCACGUUUAUGUCCUGCUUUAAGAUCUCUUCUCAAAAUUAAUGAAAAUGAAACUAGGGAUUGCAUGAAGGCGCUCUCUUCUCCUUACGCCUAUUCACCCGCGCAGUUGAUCUGCUUUGCGAGGGGUGUUCGCGAAUCAUGGUUGUGGAGCGCAGGGUCGAAACCCAGGUGGACAGCAAUUCCUUGCAGUUUUAUGGUUUCCUCUGCCACACGUAUAUUUUGUGUAACCUCCCCGAUGUCCGUUGCCAGGCAGUUCCCGCCGCUGCGAUCCUGCUAAAUGCGCAGUCAGCACCUGUUUGCGUUCAAAACAGCUGACAUUGUCCUUCCUCGACCCUACAACUUUGCUAGCGUUGACCUACAAUCAUUGCGGCAGGCCUAUGUGUGUUUGUCUUGGAUUCCUUAAUCUAGGCUUCAUCCAGGCAGUUGCGUAGGAUCUUCAUUUAGGAAGAGCUUCCUCGGGACGACAGCAGUUCCAGUUGCCACUGAGCGUCAUAUUCUCUUCGCUCAACUUCACUUGACCUGACACCAGUGCAUACUGGAAGAGGGAGUUAAGAGAGAGAAAUUGCGCUCGAUCUCCCGCAUCAAUUUCUAUUAUUGGCUCAGCGUUUUCUUUGCUCGGUGCAAAAAUCCCACGAAGUCUUUCAGCUCGGAAACUUUCCUGUUGAUAUGCUUCCCUGGUCCUGCUUUGGACUGAAAUUCAGGCUGCAAUAUCUUAACAGGAUACUAGUGUUAUCAAAUAUAUUAUGAUCGUCUUAGUACACGUAUUGGGGCACGAACGAGCGAGGGUUUAGGCUACGUUAGCCAUCCGGCCCUCAUCCGUUCCGAGUUUUUUCACUCCUGUCUUUCCAUUGGGACAUACUUUGUGUUGAACGACUGAGUGAAGUAGGUGCCUUGAAAGCCCACCCUCACUUUUAACAAUAAAUUGCCCUAUCUCUGGCGACGAAUUCGAUCACUGUCCUGCAUAAGAUGUAGGGCUUACUUUUGCUCUCAGCCUUUUCUAGUGAGAUGAACUUGCUUAGCUUUUAUUGCAGUCACUUCGCUCAAUUCUUACUUCCACUGAAAGCGGUACCGUGCCUAGCUGUGUCCUUUGUGGGAUGACUAAUGGGAUGGCUUGAUUUUACAUCCGAUGACCGUUAUUCACGUUACCGUGUCCGUCUGAAUGCUUAAAGUGUAAGGAUCGAGUGAAGGCCCCCAAGCAUCUGCGGCAUGCAGAGAAUAACUACUAUCCUUAUUUUAAUGGGUUUUAGUCCGACAAGAUUAUUGCGGUUUGGUGUUUAAUCGUACAAGGUUGGGUCGUCUGUUGUAGACGGUCUGGUGCAUUAUCUACAAUGACCUCAGCUCAGAGACUUGAGAAGCAAUCGUUGUAGACACAUAAUGUUUAUUUUUUAAAUUUUCCUGCUCAAUUUCGGUUGCUAUAUGUCAAUGCAUUAAAACCUUCCUGCCCAAAAAACAAAUUUGUCGCCGCUUAAAUCAUACUUUAUGCGUUCGUUUUUUAACCAACGUCUUGCUUAGACCUGAACACAGAAUUGCACUUUGUUGUCUGAUUGCAGCCGCCUCUGUCGUAGCCAACAAGCGCUGCUCAAGCAGUUUUGAAUAGGUUGAUGGGACCUUGUAGAUCACUCUGAAGGCCUCUCUGGCGUCUACACGGUGGUCUUUGUCUACCAUGUGCGCGAGGAUCGAGCUGUUGAUGUUCUUUAUUUGUCCCUUUCCUAACCAUGCUGGGAGAUGUUCUUUCAUUCUCUUGGAUAAACGCCGGCUCGUGAGACCAAUAUAUUCUGCCCCACAGGAGCAGGUGAAGGAGUAAAUACACAUAGAGGUGGUCUGAGCUGGUAGUUUGCCCUUGCCCUCGCUGUAUAGGAUGGGACUGGUGGAGAACAGUACACGGGCGUCAGCUGCUGGAAAGGUGUGUGAUACAGCUUGGGUUCGGCGUCUUCCUAAAAGUUCACUUGGUGCAUCCUCUUGAAAUGGGACCCUGAUAUCGGGGGCUUUUGCGGUCUUUCGUCCAUGUUCUUAGCAAUGAAUCGAUCACGAUACCCGUUUCGGCGAAAGAGGUUUUCGAUGAUCGUAAGGUCUUUCUCAAAGUUAUCAGCUGAGCAGAUUCUUCUCACUUUUUCUGUCAAACAGCAGACUAAAUUACGUUUAACGUUUAGCGGUACGAAACUCCCAAAAUGGGUGUGUUGUCCGAACCACGUUUUCUUACGAUAGACGCUACUUCGAAUGCUGCCGUCAGGUCUUCUAUUCAGAAGCACAUCCAGAAAGGGAAGUGAACCGGACUUUUCUUCUUCCAGAGGGAAUUUUAUUGAUGGGUGCGCCUGCUUUACGUCCUCCAGUAGAAUUGAGAUGUCACGUUGUUUCGGUGCAUUUGCGAAUAUGUCCUCCUAGUACCGCCCUUAGUACCUCAGACCGUUGAUCUGGUGACGUAGCCGGAAAGCUUCUAGCUUUCCCAUGAAUACAUUCACCAAAAGCGGGCCAAGGAGCUAACCCAUAACUACGCCGUCCGUCUGUCUAUAAAGAUUGGGGUCAAAUAGGAACUGCAAGUUUAGGUUACUCCUCAAGUACAUUUACUUGAAGGCAUUCACAGGCAUUCCUGUAUCCUGUUGGUUGUCGGCAAUAAAAUCACAAAGGUAGUUGACCGUUUCCGUGACGGGUACGUUCGUACGUCGUCAUCUGGGCCUUUUGUGAGAACCUCUCCUCCCAUUUUCGUCUGAAUGAACUUUUGUCCCUGUCUGCCUCCUUCAGGCCUACGGUUGCCACGACAGUGACACGACUCUUCUGAUUGCCAACGUGAAGCACCUUCUAGCAAGACUGCCUGCACCGAAUUUCCUUCUUUUGCAAUUUCUCUGCUGUUUCCUCAACCAAGUGGUCCGCAGCGAACGCCGAAACAAGAUGUCCGCUACGGCGAUUGGAAUUGUCUUCGGACCCAGCGUGUUUCGCUGUCCAAAGGAGACCGAGGUGAGCUUGCCCUGUAGCUAUCGGCGCAUCCAACCUCUCGCCUCAGGAUUCCCUAUCGUGAGCCACUUUUACUCUCUUAAUUUUGCACUUUUCACAUAG